CUCUCAUGGUUUCCUCCUAUGGCGGGUGUUUGUGUUUCAUGAGUUUGAAUUUCGAGAAGAAUAAAUGUGCGAAGGAGAUGUUUUUAGAAGGCCAGAGUCUUCUUUCUCGGUAAACCCGUGUAUAAAGCCAGGUUUUGAGGUUAGUAAAGCUAACACUGGUGUGAGAAAGUCAGAAUGAGCUCCUUCCUUGGACGGAUGAAGGAAUAUCCAACGAUUUCCAUCGACAGAUUCGACAGAGAGAAUUUACACGCCAGAGCUUAUUUUCUGUCUCACUGUCAUAAAGAUCAUAUGAAAGGACUGAAAGGACCUUUACUGAAAAGGAAAUUAAAGUUUAGCUUAACUGUAAAGCUGUACUGCUCAUUUGUCACAAAGGAGCUCCUACUCAACAAUCCAAAAUAUGGCUUCUGGGAAGACCGCAUAGUUGCUCUUGAGUUGGACAGUCCAUCACAUAUAUCACUGACUGAUGAGGUUACAGGAGAGGUGGAAGAUGUUGUUGUGACAUUACUGCCGGCUGGACACUGCCCUGGAUCAGUCAUGUUUCUGUUUGAGGGAGCUCGGGGCACUGUGCUGUACACCGGUGAUUUUCGACUGGCUGCUGGAGAUGUAGCGAGGAUGGAGCACCUGCACUCUGGAAACAGAGUGAAAGACAUUCAGAGUGUGUAUUUGGACAGCACGUUCUACGACCCCAGGUUCUAUCAGAUCCCUAGCAGGGAGGCUUGUCUGACUGGUAUCAGGAAACUGGUUCAAGACUGGAUUUGUCUGAGUCCAUACCACGUAGUUUGGAUGAACUGCAAAGCAGCGUAUGGUUACGAGUACCUCUUCACCAACCUGGGGCAGGAGUUUAAUUCACAGGUCCAUGUGAACAGCUUGAAUAUGUACAGACAAAUGCCAGAAAUCCUGGAUCACGUGACCACAAACAGAGCAACACAGAUCCACGCCUGCAGGCACCCCAAGGACGAUGAGUUGUUCAGGGCGAACAGACUGCCGUGUGGCUCUUUAGCUCCGGAUGGUACACAGCUACGCAUCAUCAGCAUCAAACCUUCCACAAUGUGGUUUGGAGAACGGACCAGGAAGACCAACGUCAUCGUCAAGAUGGGUGGAAGCUCCUACAGGGCGUGUUUCUCUUUUCAUUCCUCCUACUCUGAGAUCAAGGAUUUCCUCUCCUACAUCAGUCCUGUUAAUAUUUACCCGAACGUAAUUCCAAUGGGCCGAACCGUGGAGGAAGUCACGGAGCUAUUGAAUCUUAUGCGUCGAAAACAUUCAGGAGGGGCUGAGGUCGUCUAUAAGCCUCUUGGGAAGCUGAAACGAGCUAGAAUAAAAUCCACAUCUCAAGGCUCAGACAGUGAUGACGAACUGUUUGGGGAAGUCGCUGUAGCGCCGAUGAGAAAGAAACUUGCUGUAACUGAGGAGAAAGAGCACCACAGCCUGGAAAAAUCCGAUCUUGAGGUCACAGACACGCACCUUCUACUACAGGUGCAGCCUUCAGUUCAGACAUCCAACUACAUGGACUGCACAGAGUCCAAUGAUGAUGAGGAGGAUGAUGUGGAGGAGGAGGAACCUCCUGCCUGCGAGUCAUCUGGGGACGCCAAACCUGCUCCAUCCUGCUUAGGUACGUCCCCGCCCCCUCCGAAGCCGGCUCUGCCCAGUUGGAGUACGUUCUUCACGGCAGAGCCGGUUGUAACCGAUGACAGCUGUGAGCUAGAGAACAGCCAGACUCUGUCUACUGAUCAUACAACAUCGCAGUCCCCCGAGCUCCUCGAUGAUGAUGAAUCAGAGUCAGGUCAUGUGACUUCCUCUCAGUCGACGUAUGUAUCAGAGGCAGCUUUAGAGAGCCUCAGCCAACUCGAUACAAUGCCUGUCCAAGGGAACAUCGUGCACACAGGGAAUGGGCUUCAUUGGCCGGUUGACACGCAGCCAGCUUUGACCGACGGUCACCAGGACCACUGUGACGUCCCAGACCGCACAGAACCAGUUUCAGAUUCACAGGUGUCGUCUGAUUUCGAUCUGCCAAUGACUCCAGGCUCCAAGGCUCCACAGCCUGAGGAGCUGAAGGAGCUGUACAGGAAGUUGGCUGCUGGAGAGGACGUGACCACCAAAAAUCGCAAGCAGCAGCGUUCAGCUGAAUCAGAGAGUCCAGGGCCGAAGUGAUCAUCUUGCCUAAUUAACAAAAAACUGGUCCUUAUUUCCCAAGAGUAAUUGAGUUCCUAGCUCAUGAGCUGAUCAUUCCAAAAUAACUUUGAAAGACAUGUAGGGAAGAUGAAGUUGUUCAGGAAAGAUGUACGUACAUAUAUUUAAGUCCUGCUUUAAUUUAAUUGUUUGUGAUUAAAACGUGUUUAUAGCACUGCGCUGUUAUUCUCGAUUCUGAUUGGUCAGAAGCAUUUUCUCCAACAGUAAUUUGGACAGUAGGUUUAUAUUUAAUCCACUCAUCGUUUCUAGAGUAACAGUUUACACACGGAGCUGUACGGCAGACGCUGCACAUACAGUUGUGUUCAAAAUAAUAGCAGUGUGUUUUUAAAAACGUGAGUAAAGCUCAAAAUCCUUAUAAUAGUUUUUAUUUCCAUGCAUUGGGAACACUGCACAUUAUAUUCUACAUCAAAAUAUGAAGAAA